UCCUUCUCCCAUCCUGAUGGCAGUGGACACUGGAAACGUUUAGGCAUAAACUGAAGUUUUGGCUAGCAUAGCUCAUCAGUAGAGUGAGAUCACCUGUUUGCUGGCUUUCAGCACCGCCCUCAGUGUGGCGAUCUGCCCCCGUUUGGUGCUCAGUAGGGACCUGAACUCGAGGAUCUCUUCCAUCAGGUCUUCCUUGUCUUUAUCGAUCACGGGGGCCAGCUCCCGUGCGGCAGCUCUUUGACGAGACAGUUGCAAGGACCGGUCCACGGCUUUCCGCAGAUGGUUGAUUUGGGCCCGGAUUAUGGCAUUAAGCUUGGAGGGAGCAGAGAGCUGGGCGGGGGCGAGAUGGCCCUGGUGCCCUAUGUGGAGACCGCGGAGAUGGGGCUGCAGAGAUUCCACAAGCCUCUGGCCACCUUCUCCUUUGCAAACCACACGAUCCAGAUCCGGCAGGACUGGAAGCAACUGGGAGUCGCAGCGGUGGUUUGGGACGCGCCCUGCCCUAAAUGUCCAAGCAAACGAAAAGCACAGAGAUCAAAUGAAGCUGAGGUGGAGUUAACAUCUAAUAUAUCCUUUGAUGACAUUAAUAGAAGACAAGGGACUUCUCCCCUCUAACAAGUAUCAAUCAAUCUGGCUACUGUACUCAAGGGAAAAAGAGAGAAAACAGCUCUCACCCACAAGAUGACGACAUGGAUGGUGAAGAGGAAACAAAGCAGUGCCAAUUAUAGAUGGCUGAAGAAACACAGGCAUUUACUUUGUCUGGACAUUUUUUUAAUGGGAAGGAUGUGGGAGAUAGGGUAAAGGAAGCAGUCCAAUAGGAAAAGGAGUUAAGUUUGCUUAACUUGUUUCUGGGGAUAGAAUUGGGACCACUAGGUAACACUUUUAGAAAGGUAUUCUGGUUCACCUCAGGGAAGAAUAUUUUACAAUUAUCCCUGAUUAUAAACUGGUUACCUCUGGAGAUUGCCUCCUUUCUCUGAAAGAGUUGAAGUAAUGCCAGACUGCCGUUUGGAGGAGGGGAGAAGGAUGUAAAUAGGGAAACUAAGUAAUAGAUUAAGGGCUGGAUAGGUAACAAGUUUGGCCUAGACCUGGAAGAUAUCUAAGAUUUUUAUUCAAACCUUGAGUUCCAUGGUUAGAGAGAAGGGAAAAAGAUAUAAAGAAUAAUUUCUCACCUUCCUUUCUAAAAAUAGGACCUAGGACUCACCUGAGUUCCGGAG